AUACAGCAGCCAUUGCUUCAGUUCCUAGGGAAGUUAGAAAUUUCCUCAAGUUUCUAGUGCUUGUGUUUUUGAUACCUGAGUGACUUGAAUCGCAGUCAAUUUCAAAAUGGUAGUUUUGUAAAACUAAUCGUUGAGUGCCCUACAUUUGAGUGGGACCUGCAAGUUACAAGCGUUUACAAACAAAAGACAGUGAAAGAUGAUCUGUUAUGAUACCAGUAAAUUUUCACUUGUGAGUGGCUGGAGUAUCUACAUGUCCUUGCCAACCUUUCCCUUAUGUUUCUGACUGUACAUGACAUGUACAUGUUGACACGAGAGGUGUGGUGUACAAGCCAACAAGGUUUCUUGAUGUAGGACUACAUGUAGAAACUGCAAAGAGUAACUAUUUUUGAAGGGUGAUUUGGAUAUACUGCACGUUUAUAUCUAGAUGGAAUCAUGUCGUGAGAGCUUUUAAUACAAUAGACCUUCAAAUGAACGGAUGUGAAUUAUAAUCUGAGAAAUGACUGGAUUAUAAGACGAAAUGUGGUAAUGUCUAGUUUGGCUGACAAAUAGACAACUGUGUGAAAGAAUCAUCACUUUCUUCAUGAUUUGGAGGAGUAUACAGAACUGAUCGAUAAUUGCCUCUUCUUUGAAAACUUUUGAUAUUAUGCAGCUGUUCUGAAUUGGUUUCAAAAAUAUAUUGUUUGUGAAACAACAUAGAAAAAGAGAAUAUAUUAAAAGCGUUUGCAAGAGAUUUAUUGAAAGAUCAGAAAUGGGGAAUAUACAGGAGCAGAUGUACUAUGGGGAGGGUGCCGGUGAUGGUGAUAAGCGGAGCAUGUCCAGGCAGGGCAGCAAGAAGCAGCUACCCCAGGUCCCCCAACAGGAGGGGGGCAUGACCCCGCCCAGACCUACCUCUGCUAUCCCACCCCAAGAUCACAACAGUUCCAUGGCAGGAUAUGGACAAUUCUUCUUAGAAUAUGCCUUAUUAGCUGAAUAUAACCAACUUCACAAGCAGAAGUUACCUGGUGUAUAUGUCAUACCUUCAGCUAAAUCACCUCUCCAUUGGUUUGGUGUGUUAUUCAUCAGACAAGGUCUCUACCAGGAAGGUGUCUUUAAGUUUGAUCUUCUCAUUCCAGAAAACUACCCAGACGGCGAUUGCCCUAGGUUAAUAUUCCAUCCAGCCGUAUUCCAUCCCAUCAUAGACCCAAUCAGUGGAGAGUUAGACGUCAAGAGGGCCUUCACUAAAUGGAAAAGGAAUAUUAACCAUCUGUGGCAGGUGUUGCUCUACGCUAGACGGGUCUUCUACAAGAUAGAUACCAAGUCACCACUCAACCAGGAAGCUGCAACAUUAUAUGAAGAGGACUGUGAUAUGUUUAAGUCCAGAGUAUGUGACACGGUGGAGCUGAGUAAGUUGAAGCGAUACGACCCUCCGUACUCAGAUGACCCUCAUGCUAUUAAGUUUAGUCGCUGGGACGAGAGCAAACAUGGAGAGACGUUACGAACCAUCACAACGCCUAAGAUUCCUCAAGAGGUCGAUGUCAACAAGAACGCACAGACCUCAGGCUUAUCUUGGAUCAAACCGGGAAAUAUUCAAAUAUUCAGCAAAGACUGACAGUACUCAAAGAGUCAACCUUGAUAUGUUGUGAAUGUAAUACAUGGCUCUAUGUCAGCCAAAAUGAGUUAACUGUUUCAUGAAUGAACUGGCGGACAACGAAUCACUUUAUAUUAGUAGUAAAUAUGUCAUUAGUUGUAUGUUAAUAUGCAUUUGGAUCACUAUUAGCUGCAUUUAGAUUCUAAGCUUCGACAUGACUGAAUAUGUAGACUAGUCAAGAUUCUAGAAGACUGAAUUUGUAGACUAGUCAAGAUUCUAGAAGAGAAGUAUAUUUGAUCUUUGUGCCUUUUGAUUGAGAAAUGAUUUGCUGAUCACAUGCAGCCAUAUGAUUUCACCAAUGCUUGCCUGUUGACCUGUUGCUGUGUUAAAGCAUCUUGGUUUAUGUGUGCAUACGUACCUCUCUGUAAAUAUAUUGGCCAUCCACCAACCACCAACAGGUUUUCAAAGUACAUUCAAAUUGAAAUCCCUUAUCAUCAAGAGUUGUUCUUACAUGAAUUCCUAAACGGUUGCUCUAACAAUCCUAGACUUGAUAUUCUUGUCAUAAAUGAAAUGUAAAAUUUAUCAUUUUUAACUAUUUCAACUUUAAUCAUAUCCAGAUUUGAAAUUUGUCUCAAUUUAAAGCAAGUUUGAAUGUUUUGUGUAACAGUGGAAUGCAUUUCUGCCCCAUUGACUGUUAUUAUACCACACAGUGGCAUUAUCAAAUUGAUAAAGAUCAUAUUUAUUGAUACUUCUUUUAUUACAUAAUUUUAAUAAUGAUAAUAAUAAUAAUUAUAAUAAUAAUGAUAAUAAUAAUUAUAAUAAUAAUAGUAAUGACUAAUGAUAAUAAUAAUGAUAAUAAUAAUAAAUGGAUUUAUAUAGCACCUUUUCCAGAGGAUACAAGGUGCUGUCCCUAAAAAUAAGGACAUAUACGUGUAAAAUAUUGUAGAGGUACUGGUACAUGUAUGUUUUCAGAUGUUUUUGAAGAAGUCAAGUGAAGUACUAUUUCUCAAAAAUAAAUAAAGGAACCCCUCUAAGUCAAUUCUGACCUUUUGUAAGUUGAAGUAGAUUUUUUAGUCCAAGAAGUAAAAAGUAUCUGAAAUAAUCUAUAAGCAUGUCUGUCCAUUUUGUCAUUUAUUUCCAUUCUUACCAUUUUCCUAUUAAAAUACAAGUGAGUCAAAAUUGUAGUAGAUAUAUGUAUGUAAAUGAGGGCUUGAUUCUAGCCGUGUCUCAGAAAGGUAUAGUAGUAGACGCUUCGGAAUUAUGUAGAUAGAUAUGAUUGUGUGCUAUAUUUUCUUUUUCAAAGUUUAAAGUCAUUGAAUGCAGUUACAUUAUGAAUAGCCUUACAAUAGAGAUAUCAUCUUGAUCUUAUUGUUAAUUUAUUAAUCUAUCAUAAUGAAUAUUUGUUGAUAUAUUCACAUUUUCUGGUUGACAAUAUAUUUUUGCAUUUGUGAGAUAUAUAUUUAUCUGUAUAUCUUGUCAGUAUGAUGUAUAUAAUUAUUUGAGAGAUUUAAGCGAGAGCUUUCCCAUGUGAUUUCUGUAUGUUAUGUAAUCUGUGCACGUAUAAAAAGUGAACUUAUAUUUCCAAGGAAACAGAAAAUGAUAUCAAGCUAGUGUUAGAUGAUACAUGUACAUUCAUUUUGGUGGUAAAUAAUUAUGUUGGGUCAGCAGCUCACUCAUAUGGGUAAUCCCAUAAAUUAGGGACCCCCUAUGGAACAAUUUUGGUGUCCAUGGUACAUAAGGAACCCACACGUAUUUACUAUUUGUGGCUCUGAGUAAAGACUUAAAUAGUGGAAUGAGAUUGUAAAGUGUACCUAGUGAAGUGAUUUCCAAGCAUAAUAUUGCAUCCUCAUACCUAGAAUCACUCAACAACCAUACUCCACUAUUUAAGUCUUUACUCAGAGCCACAAAUAUGUGUGGGAUCCUUAUGUAAUGGGGACACCAACAAAUCACAAAGUGGGUCCCUAAUUCAUGGAAUACCUCAUAUAAUUAUGUGACAUUGUCUGAAAAAUGUAUAGAAUGUGCAUGGAUAUAGUGUCAAUGUAGGGUCUGAACUAUUUGUGCCCUAGACUACCCAUGAACAUUCAUGUAAUCUGUUCCUUUCAGCUUGUAUCUGGAAAAAUUAGGUUAGGUUCCAGGCAUUGAGUACUUAAGUUCCCAAAUAGAGUCUAUGACUGCAGGCUUGCAUCAAAUCUAUACCAAAUAUAUGUUAAAGACAUGAUAAAUAGUUUUUCUGUUACAAAAGUUGGGUAAAAUAUGAAUCAACUUAAUAUCCAAAUCUGUCAUACUGAUGGUGAACAAUCAUCAAAAUAGCAAUAUGUAUGUAAGUGGCAAAUCAUGCAGGAUGCUGAUUAUAGCUGCUCUUCUUCUCCUUUAGAAGUCUCAAAAUAGUUUUAUUCCGGCAAUUGCAUUUCUCAUCAUUAUUAAUCUACUUGUUAUAUUUUUCUUCAGCAAAGAUUACUUCAAUUGUGUAUCUAUGUCUGUAUCUAUCUCUGUUUUCACAUCUUUAAAUCAAAGGCUAACAACCAUGUUAAGUUAUCAGUUUCUCAAAGAACAUACCACACUAUUGUGUUUUUAUUUUAUUAUAGCUAAUUUUUUUUGUAAUGCUUUUUUUACCGCUGGUGAAGAGAAAUAUAUCUGGUACUCUUUUUAACACAUGAGUACUUGAUACUUGACAUCUUAUGAUGGUUAUAUUUAGGUUGCUUGAUCCUUCUAUUUAGGCUUCCUAAAAAUUCUAGGCAUUUUGUCACUUCUAGAAAAGAAAAAAAAGUCUGCAAAGGAAAGUUAAUGUGCAGAUUUAUUUUUUGAAGAUUUGUCAAUUGAAUGUAAAUGUUUAUUAUUGUUUGUGUGCAAUUUUUAAGGAGUCAAUAAAAAUUGAAGAAA